GUGCCUGGCUCCUGCAGCUGGCGUGAGCAGCCGCCUGGCCUGAGGUUGGCCCAGGCAGCACCUCGGGCGAGUCCAGACCCGAAGCUGCUGUCAGGCUGUGGCAAUUCCGGAGCCUCCCACCUGCAGCCCACGGAACCCCAGAGGCCUAGGUGAGAUAGGUUCCCAGCGCGCUACCUGCCUGGCUCCUUCCGGCGUUUGAAUUGCUCUGGGCCGGCAGUGAACGUGAGAAAAUAAUUUCCUUCCCCUACCGUCGCCGCUGCUCUCCCUAGUGACAGGCUUGUUUUGCCUGAGAAGUGAAUCGCCGGCUUCCCCCAGUGGCAGAAUCAGGACUGGAAUCCAGGUCUCUGGUUGUCUGUACCUCGUUUCUCAAGACAGCAGCCUCCUCCGCCAUAGGAGAACUGAUACUUUCCCUUUCCAAAGCAGUUUUCUCUAAAAAUCUGGACAUUGUUUCCUUGCAAGGAGGAGGACGAGUUGGGUGGGAAGACUCGAAGUGCAGAAAAGUUGUCACAUAUGCACGCAGGGAGUUUAGAGCAGAUGCCAGCCUCCCUGGCUGUGUGGACUGGGGCAAGUUGCUCCCACUCUGCCCUCAGUUUCCUGAUCCAUAAAAUGGAGGCUGACAGUGUCAACCGUGCUCAGUAAUGCACGUAGUGCCUGGCACUUCAUGAGGCUCAAGGAGUUGCUGCUGCUGCUGCUGGUUGAAUCCUAGGACGUUUUUCACUGAGCCAGGGAAAGAGCUGGGCCUGGAACAGGAUGACCCAGCCCUUCUGUCUGGUCCUGUCUACCCCUGGCUGCUUCUGACUUCCUUCUCUGAGGGCACUUGGCAUCAUUCUCAGGGAGUGUAAAUGAUUCAGAGCUGCUGAUUCAGAGGGGUGGAAAAUAGAAGGGGCUUCCUCCUGGCUCGCUUUGUCUUCCCUCAGAUCUGGCUUCUGGACACUUCACCCAUCCUCAGGGGACACUGCCCAGAAAGAAGACAUGGCUACUGAACAGAGGGAAGCAAGGUCUCAGGAUGGAAGAACAGUUAUAAAACCACAAAGUCAACUCAAACACAAGGUCAUUCAUUUCAGGAACUGAUAAUGAAAGGAUCCAAAAGGAGUGGACCUGGGGACUUCAAAUCAGAAAAACCCUGCAGAUAUGAAGGCAGAUUAGAGAAAAAGCAGGAGAAAAAAGAAAGUGUACAGAUAGUUUCAGUCACUCACAAAAAAAUCCUCUCUAUAGAGAGAAAACAUAAAAAUACUCAAUUUGGCCAAAACUUGAGCCCAAAGUCAGUCUUUUUUAGGCAACAGGUGAUCCCAAGAGAAAAAGCCCCACCAAAAUGUGAAAUACAAGGAAAGAGCUUCAAACAAAAUUUCAGUUUAUUUAAUCAACAAAAAACCAACACAGCUGGGAAACGUUAUAAAUGUAGUAUGUGUGAGAAAACUUUCAUUAAUACUUCAUCCCUUCGUAAACAUGAGAAAAACCACAGUGGAGAGAAAUUAUUUAAAUGUAAAGACUGUUCAAAAGCCUUUAACCAAAGUUCAGCACUUAUUCAACAUCAAAUAACUCAUACUGGAGAGAAACCCUAUAUAUGUAAAGAAUGUGGGAAAGCCUUCACUCUCAGUACCUCCCUUUAUAAACACUUAAGAACACAUACUGUGGAGAAAUCCUAUAGGUGUAAAGAAUGUGGUAAAUCCUUCAGCAGAAGAUCAGGCCUUUUUAUACAUCAAAAAAUCCAUGCUGGAGAAAACCCCUAUAAAUAUAAUCCAGGUAGAAAGGCAUCUAGUUGCAGUACAUCCCUUCCUGGAUGUCAGAGAAUUCAUUCCAGAAAAAAGUCCUACUUAUGUAACGAAUGUGGUAAUACCUUUAAGUCUAGUUCAUCCCUUCGUUAUCAUCAGAGAAUUCACACAGGAGAGAAACCUUUUAAAUGUAGUGAGUGUGGGAGAGCCUUCAGUCAGAGUGCAUCUCUCAUUCAACAUGAAAGAAUUCACACUGGAGAAAAGCCUUACAGAUGUAAUGAAUGUGGAAAAGGCUUCACUUCUAUUUCACGACUUAAUAGACACCGAAUAAUUCAUACUGGUGAGAAGUUUUAUAAUUGUAAUGAAUGUGGUAAAGCCUUAAGUUCCCACUCAACACUUAUUAUUCAUGAAAGAAUUCAUACUGGAGAGAAACCAUGUAAAUGUAAAGUGUGUGGGAAAGCCUUCAGACAAAGUUCAGCUCUCAUUCAACAUCAGAGAAUGCACACUGGAGAAAGACCCUAUAAAUGCAAUGAGUGUGGAAAAACAUUCAGAUGUAACUCAUCCCUUAGUAAUCAUCAGAGAAUUCACACAGGAGAGAAACCAUAUCGAUGUGAAGAAUGUGGGAUAUCUUUUGGCCAAAGUUCAGCUCUUAUUCAACAUCGGCGGAUUCAUACAGGAGAGAAACCCUUCAAAUGUAAUACAUGUGGGAAAACUUUUAGACAAAGCUCAUCACGUAUUGCCCAUCAGAGAAUUCAUACUGGAGAGAAACCCUAUGAAUGUAAUACAUGCGGGAAACUUUUCAAUCACAGAUCAUCCCUUACUAAUCAUUAUAAAAUUCAUAUUGAAGAGAACCCCUAGGAAGUAGAUUUGCGUGUGUGAAGUUCUGAAACCAAAGCUCACCAGAAUACAUGAGAGUGAUGUGAUAAAUGUAAUGGAUAUGAAAAGCCUUUCUAUAGUUUAGUCCUCAUCAGAUGAUAAAUCCUAAGGACAAACCUGUGUAAUGCAUAUUGAGGAAGGCUGUCAGACAGUAGUAAUAACCUUAAAUGAAGAAUCCCUGACUGGAGACAUUGACUUUGGGCAUUUGUAAAAUAAUUGUUUUCUCUCCACAGCAGUGUAGACUACCUGUCAUAUGUAAUUGUUACAAGCAUCUGGGUGAUGAGGGGAGGUGUGCACUGGAUUUCCCAUUGAAAUAAAUGUUAAUGCUUUUUUAAAUAACUGACAUUGUAAUAGCAUAUAACAGAUGUGAUCAAAGAAAUUAUACAUUUUUAGAAAAAAGGACCAAAUAAAAGAUAAAAAUGAACUGUAAACUACCUCUCAAUUUCUGGGGUUAGUCCUUUUCCUGAGUUGCUGUCAAACUUUGUGCAUGGAUUUCAUUUAAAAAUAGAAAUAAAAGUCUGUUCUCUUCUUC